AAUUUGAUAGAGGAAGAAAAGGAAGAAAGAGAAAAAAAAGAAAAGGAAGAGAGAGAUUAAACUGAUGUGGAAAUAUGAGUCAGAUUACAAAAUACAUGCGACAAAUCAUGUAACCCUCCGGUGAAUGGAAACUAUUGAUUCCGGCCAAAGAUGACCGGACGGAUCUGAAAACCUUGACCAAAGCUAUAAUUUGCGAGUGGAUCACUCAAAACAGAAUGUAUUUGUACCGUUUCUCUUGUUCGUCUCCCUUUCUCUCAAACGAAGUGUACAGUAUAGUUUAAACCGAAAAGCCCACUAUAGUCCACCAAGAAGAAGAAGACCAGAAACCAAUAGCCGCCACCGGCCACCGGUAUGGAUCCUCCUCGGCCUUCUUACUUCCACCAGACCAGGUACGCCCAUCAACCUCCCGCUCCUCCUCCACAUCAUCAUCCUUUUCCCAAUAACCCCAAUAUUUACGCUUCCCACCACUCUAGCCUCCUUGCUGCUCUACCUCCGCCGUCGCUCCGUCCACAAGCUCAACAACUACCGCAGCCACCACUACCAUCAUUCCGUCCUGUCCCUUCUCCGCAGCCUUUCAAUUCCCAAAAUUCUCAAUUCAAUUACAAUCCUAAUAACUUUAGCCCCAGUAACCACCCUGGAUCAACACAACACCCCGAUUUUCAUAAAUUUACUCAAUCGCCUAGGGUUUUGCACCAGAAACCUUUUGAUGAUGAGCUUCCGCGUCGAUUGCCCGAUUAUAUUAGAGAAAACCGAUCCGAUUUGAGGGAACCACCGAGGGUUUUGCCUGAUAGAUGGUCAACGAGGUCGAUCUCUCAUGCUAACUUGGAUCCAGAUUCAUAUCGCCGCCAAUUGGAUAAUCAUCCAUUUUCUCCUAUGAAGAUUAGGCACGAUUUAGAAAGUAAUUCUAGGUUUAUUGAGGAACACAAACAAAGGGAAGAACUUUUAUUGGUUCGUGGUGAUGACAAUUAUCAUCGUCGCAAUCAAUUUGGAUCUACUUCAGAUAGGACAUCGAGGGAUUUUCAAGUGGUUUCAAAUCGAAUGAAUCACAGUUCACUUUAUGAGAAUCUGCGUGGUUUUUCAUACGAUGGUCAGUUGAAUGAGAAUCAGAGAAGGGUUCAUGAAAGAGAGGUUAAUGAAGAUAUGCUUGAUUCGUUUAUUGAUAUUGGGAGUAAUCAAAUUGGUGACCCUGAUGGAAUUCGAGUUGGAUCCGUAAAACGUGAGCAUUAUAGGUGCAGAGAAGCGAAUGCAGAAUUGGAAAGGCAUAAUAACAAGGGAAGUAGAGAGGGUAGUUAUGAGUUUAGUCGCACUCCAAGGAAGCAACAACAGAAAAAGAGUGUUCUACUUAGGAUUCAAAAGCCUAGCUAUAGGAAUAGGGAAGAUGAUAGGGUGCAUUAUUCGGGUUAUUUUGAUGAUAGCAAAUCUAGUUUUAGAGGAAAGGAUCAGAAUUUGUAUGCCGACCAUGAUAUGGAAGAGCAAGUGAGAGUUGGAAGUCCUGUAGAGCUUGAUGUGUCUUUCAAGUCCAAUUCACUGGUUGCUAAGGCUAUUCUAACGCCUGCUUCAAAUUCUGCUGGUGUUUCUGAUUCAAAUUUGACCCCUAAAAAUGGAAAGGUAAGGAAAUUGUUGGUCCUUAAUAAGGAUAGUGCAUGUAGUUCACCACUAAAACCCAAUGAAGGCACUGUAAAAUUGGACAAUGCAUCCGUAACAAAUUAUUCUGCCGGUUCUGAUGACGACCUAAAACAGUUGAAAGAGGAAGUUCCAGUUUCUGGUACAGGCGACAUGCUUGAUUCUAGUUCACUGCCAGGCUCCAGCAGGGCUAAAGUAUCCCCUGCAAAGAGUAAAUUGGAGAAUUCUAGUGCGGAUACUUUGUCAAAUAAGAAGGAAACUAAUGUUGUUUCUGGUAAAGCAUUUUCACUAAAGGCUGGAAAGAAGAAAAAAAUAGUGAAGAGAGUAGUGAAGAAAGUUGUAGAUCCUAAUCUGAGUUCAUCAAUUUCACAGCGAAUUAAGGAGUCUAACGAACCUGUAAUUGCAGAUGGCUUUGUUCAUGGUCAACCUGCAUCCUCUGAGCCUGAAAAGGAUGCUGCUAUAGCUUCAUUUGACAUCGUUAAUUCACAGCCUUGCUCAAGUGAGAUGACUGUGAUGCCCGAGAAUGAUAAAGUGGAGAGAUUUGCUAAGGCCAUGACUCUUGAGAAUGGAACAAGUGAUAAUUCUGGUAGAUUAUGUGUACCUGGUACCAAGAGAAAGUGGAACCGUUCAACUUCUCCUUUGGGUUCUUCAAGUCAUGAAGAAACCAAAAUUAAUGAUAAUAUUACAAAUGGUAUUUCUGCCAACAAUAUGCAUUUAAUCUCUGAAACUGGCAAGCAUUAUACUAAAUCGAUAGGUGAAAAUACUAUAUUUGAUAUUCAUAGUGUUGAAGAAGCCAGCCAGCAGCUUUGCCGGAACAGAGAUUUGUCCUUGCCAGAGAAUAAUGCACCUAGUGGAUCUCCCAAGGUUUUGCUUUCUUCUGAAUGUAAUGCUAGUUUUGGUUUGUUAAAUCCAGGAAAAAUUAAAACUCCUGCAAGUUUAUGUAAUACAACAUCAGGGGAUGGGCAUAAAAAUUGUUUAGUUAAUUCACCACGGAGAAAUACUGUUUCUGACGAUCAAACAACUGAUGUUGGUUGUGAGCAGCCUUUUAAAAGUAAAGGUAGUCCAUCCGGCAAAAAUGGUAUACCAGACCAAUUUCUAAAUGCUAGCUUAUCUGCAGGAAGUGAUGAAAUUCUUUUGCAAUCAAAUUCAGGUGAAUUGGAAAUCCAGAAUGCUACCACAUCUGCAAGCAGCUCCAGUGAAGGGGUAGGGACUGUUAUUAGUUCUGACAAUAGCCAUACUAUUGCAGGAGAAAUUAAUUUUUCCAGCCAUGGGACUAGUGGCUAUAUUCACAAUCAGCCAUCUCGGGAUAAGUUUACUACAUCACUUAAGGACGUUUCCCUAGGAAGAUCAUUAAGUUGCAUGGUUUCUGGGGGUGGUAGCAAGGAGAAUACACCUAACCUUACAGAGAGUAAGAAAAAUGUUGAGACACCUGAGUUGGAUUUGUCAAGGCCAGAGGGAAAUGACAUGUAUUUAGAGCCUGUAAAUAUGGUUAGGCCGGGUUGUUGGGUAGAUACAACAUUAAGACUGUCUUUCAAAAAUCCUACUCCAACAGAAUUUACAGUUUCGGGUGAUGGCUGUGGCAAUGUUGGCUUGCAAUCUUGUACUGAUGGAGUGACCUCUUUUCCCAAGAAAAAUUCAACAGAUAGUGGCAGCAUAAAUGAUGUUUCUUCAAGUGGUACUUCACCACAGAAUACAAAGAAAAGGAAAUUCUCUGAUUCUCAAUUGGAAUUGACUUGUCCAGUGGCAUCUGAUGUGAAAGAGGGACCUGUAACUAUUUGUACUUCAGUAUCAGGUGUAGAAGUGCCUUCUAAUUCUUGCAAUGGUCUAAUGCAAUCAGAAGCAGAAGCCAGGGUGUCUGUCUUGCAUCCUUUCUCUGAUUCUGGUCCCCCAUAUUUGCAGAGGGAGAUCACUACAUCUGGUGAUCAUCCUUCAGGAGAAGGAUAUCGGAGCACUGCAGCUUCACUCAAAGAUGCCAUUGGAGAUGGUGGUUUGAAGGGAACUCAUUCUUGUUCAGCUGCUGUGGAACUGGAAAUUCCAGUAGUGCAAUCCCUUUGUCUAUCGCGAUUCGAAUGUGAGCAGAUAGCAGGUGUGACUCCAGUUAUGCCUGGAAGUAGUCCCCAGAAAAACUCUAUUUGUAUAGGAUGUGAGGUGAGAAAAAUGAAUGUAGAUUCGGAGCAAGCUAUUGUUGACGGUGGGACCACUAAGUGUGUAUUUCCUUCAGAACUUCAGUCGCCAGACUUGGAUGGCAUGGAUGUGGAGAAUGACAGUUGUCAUCAUGUGAAGAAUGAUUUACCUUCUGUGUUGAACUAUUUAUCUUCAUUAAGAGAUGGCACUGGAGUUUCUACUCCCCGCUCCAGCAAUGAAGUUAUAGGGCUUGUGCCUGAUACAUUAUCUGAUAUGAAUUCUCUAGAAACAUUGCCUGAUUUCCCAAGCACAUCACACGACCAACUUUCCAUUGAAAAGGUUGGCGGGCAUGAUGAAAACAUUCUUGGGAAGACUGCAACACAGGGUGGUUCUAAUAUAUCUGCUCUCACUUCUGGUUCACCGAAUACUGAAAACAAUUUAAACUCAGAUCAUGGGGUAGAAAAUGAUCACUUAUUUAGCAGGAGGAUUGCAUCUUUGCCAUCACAAGCUUCUAGAAAUAGCACUCAAAUUCUGACUACGUUUAAUGGAGAAAAAUAUGGGAGAAAGAACCAGCUUACUCAUGCAGUUUCUAGGAUUUAUCCAGGUCGCCCAUCAUUUGGUUUUACUGCAAAAAGUACACCAUCUUCAACCCACAUCUCAAAAUCCCGAACAUGGCAUCGAACUGAUAAUUCUUCCACUUCUGCUUCUCCCGGAAACAAGGUUAUCUCAAGCACUGUUCCUGCACAAAGGCAAUUGCCUAAAAAGAUGACAAAGUUGCUAGGCACCUCUUACAUUCGCAAGGGUAACAGUCUUGUCCGAAAGCCUAUUCCAGUGACUGGUCAAUUCCAGGGGUCUAAUAUCUUGAGUUCUUCUGUGCCUCGGUUGAAUUCUUUGGGAACAGAUGAAGUGAAGAAUGAUGGACCUGACACCAGAACUACUGUUGACCCACCAAAUUUUGUGAGAACAGGAGGGCAUGCUUCUUUUGAGAGGCCCAGAACACCACCAUUACCCAGUGCCACUAAAAUGCCCAAUCAUGCUACUAAUUCUUUUGGGGAUCUGAUAUCUUCCUCAUUAGCACAGCCUCUUCAUGAUUGUGCUGCUGAAAUUGCACCAGAUCCUAUGACAUCCCCAGAAAGUAAGAAUGUACUAAAGUCUUCUGAAGAUGUGAUAAAAAAUGUAGAAAAUUCUAUGGUUCAAACUGGCCAAAUUAACAUUUUGGAUUAUAAUAAUGAGACAAAUGAUGGGAAUCUGGUUUCUUCAAACGUCAACAGUAUAAAAUAUGUUAAGCAAAAACUAAAUCAGUUGGUUGCAACUUCAAAUCCUCAUUCAUUGUCUGUGAACCAUGCCCACAAUAUUCCAGCCAUACCCUCUGAUAGCUAUUACAAGAGGAGGAAAAAUCAGCUUAUUCGGACUUCACUGGACAAUCAGGUCAAGGUGGCAGUUGGCAUGUCUGAUGAAAGCGUAAAUUCUGAGGGGAAAUCUCUUCAUAGUAUUUCUUCCAGCCAAAGUCUGAAUAAGAGAAAAUUGCGUAAAGAUGUAACAAAGACGCGCAAACCUUCAAAAUUCUCUUUGGUCUGGACACUACGAAGUUCUCGGUUAUCAAAUGAUGAUGGUGGUUCAUUGAAUCGUCAGAAGGUCUUGCCUCACUUGUUUCCUUGGAAAAGAGCAACGUACUGGAGAAACUUCAUGCCAACUUCAGUUGUCAGUUCUGGCAAUAGUUCCUCAUCUACUAUUAGUAGGAAAUUGCUGUUGUUGAGAAAAAGGGAUACUGUUUACACCAGGUCAAAACAUGGGUUUUCACUUCGAAAAUCCAAGGUAUUAGGUGUUGGUGGGUCUAGUUUAAAGUGGUCAAAAUCACUGGAAAGGCGAUCAAAGAAAGUAAAUGAGGAAGCCACUCUAGCAGUUGCUGAAGCAGAGAGGAAGAAAAGGGAGCAGAGUGAUGCUUCACGUGCCAUUUCUGGGACAAAGAACAGAAAUAGUUCUCGUAAGUCGGUUUAUUGUAUAGAGCUGCACCAGGUAGGCGGUGAUCCUGGAGAACGGAUAUUCCGCAUUGGUCCAGUUCGCUACAAAAUGGAUUCCUCAAGGCGGACUCUUCAGAGGAUAUCAGAUGACGGGUCGUCAAACUUUGCAGCUCUUCAAACAGAAAAGGAUGCCAAGAGAUCCUAUGUUCCAAGGAGAUUAGUGAUUGGGAAACAUGAGUAUGUUCGAAUUGGCAAUGGCAACCAACUUGUUAGAGAUCCCAAGAAACGAACUCGGAUUUUGGCAAGUGAGAAAGUUCGAUGGAGUUUGCACACUGCUAGAUCACGGCUGGCUAGAAAGCGGAAGUACUGUCAAUUUUUCACUAGAUUUGGAAAAUGUAACAAAGAUGAUGGAAAAUGUCCCUACAUUCAUGAUCCCUCCAAAAUUGCUGUAUGCACAAAGUUCCUGAAUGGUUUAUGUUCUAGUGCGGACUGCAAAUUGACUCACAAGGUCAUUCCGGAAAGGAUGCCAGAUUGUUCUUACUUUAUGCAAGGUCUUUGCACAAAUAAAGAUUGUCCAUACAGGCAUGUGCAUGUGAAUCCAAAUGCACCUACCUGUGAAGGAUUUUUGAGGGGAUAUUGUGCUGAUGGUGACGAGUGUCGGAAGAAGCACAGCUACGUCUGCCCCACUUACGAAGCAACGGGAUCCUGUCCUCAAGGAUCCAAGUGCAAGCUUCACCACCCAAAAAACAGAAGCAAGGGAAAGAAAAGCAAGCAAUCACGAGAGAAGAAGAAAGCCCAAGGACGAUACUUUGGUUCCAUGAAUAUAAACACAUCUGAUCCUGGACCUGCAGUUUCUGAAAAGCACUUGGUGGAAGAUAAUGAUAACAUAGGUUCUGAAGGAAGCAUUGCUGAUUAUAUCAGCCUAGAUUUUAGUGGUGAAACUGCAGAAAGUACUAAUAUAGUGGAGGAGCAAACGUCCUUUAGGGAUAGUGAUCCAAUGGAGUUCGAAUUAGUUGAUCUAGAUGAGCUAAUUAAACCAAUUCGCAUAAUGAAUACCUGAGGACACACCAAUCUACAAUAUUUAAUUAAAGCUUAAGUGCGAAUCACUCAAGCUUGUGCCAUGGAAGAAUUGAGUUUGUCAUGCAUGAGGUAAACCUAUUAAGCAUAUUUCUUUCUGAUUUCUGGAAUUGUAGAUGGCAUCAUGCAAUAGAAAGGCUUGGAUUGGGAUGGCACUGAUUUGACGAGGUGACGCCUAGUGUUUGUGCAUAGGAUCUGUUCUUCAAUUUUCUUUUUUCUUUUUUUUUCUUUUUUCUUUUACAGGAAUACUAGUUGUUUUUGUUUUAUCUUCCUAGGCUAUAUUAUAGGGAUACAUUUUUUUUUUUUUCCGUUUAAUUUUUAUCUACAAUGUAUAUGAACUUCGAAUAAUUUAGAAAUUAAACAAAAUGAUGCUGCAAAAGCAUUUGGAUUAUUAGAAUCAGAGCUUAUUUUAUCAA